UCUGGAAACCCAGUCCUCCCCUUGAAGGCCAUCGGAGCCAGGACUUAGCUGCUACUACUCCUUACCUAUCCAGCCCCUAUUGAGCCCCGGCUCACACGCCUCAACCAUGGGCAUCUUCUCAAAGAAUCCUCAGUCAGAGGCAACCGUCCAGGCGCAGGAGGAGGCGCCACAGUUCGAGAAGGUCGACUGGACCAAGGACGCUGGUCUUCGCCAGCUCUACUUCUACGCCAUCAUCCUCUGUGUUGCUUCGGCGACCACUGGUUAUGAUGGAAUGUUCUUCAACAGCGUCCAGAACUUCGAGUCCUGGAAGGACUUCUUCGGUGACCCUCAGGGAUCCAUGCUCGGUUUGCUUGGUGCCCUCUACCAGAUCGGUAGCUUGGUCUCUAUCCCCUUUGUCCCCAUUCUCACGGAUAACAUUGGGCGCAAGAUCCCCAUCGCCAUCGGCUGUUGUAUCAUGAUUGUCGGUGCCAUCCUCCAGGGCAGUUGCCAGAACCUCGGCACCUUCAUGGGCGGACGUGUCCUGCUCGGCUUCGGCAACAGUCUGUGCCAGAUCUCCUCUCCCAUGCUGCUAACCGAACUCUGCCACCCGCAACACCGUGGUCGUCUGACGACUGUCUACAACUGUCUCUGGAACGUUGGAGCCCUUAUUGUCGCAUGGCUCUCCUUCGGCACGGACUAUCUUCACAACCAGUGGUCGUGGAGAAUCCCGGCUCUGGUGCAGGCCUUGCCAUCCGUCAUCCAGCUCACCUUCAUUUACUGGGUUCCCGAGUCACCGCGUUACCUGAUCGCCAACGACAAGAAUGAGAAGGCUCUCGCAAUCCUUGCCAAAUAUCACGGCAACGGUAACGCCAACCACCCCACCGUGCAGUUCGAGUAUCGCGAGAUCAGGGAGACGCUCAGAUUGGAACUGGAGCACAGGAAGACCAGCAGCUAUAGCGAGUUCUUCAAGACCAAGGGCAACCGAUACAGAUUGGCCGUCCUCCUCUCUCUCGGCAUCUUCUCCCAGUGGUCCGGCAAUGCCAUCAUCUCCAACUACACCUCGAAGCUCUACGACACCGCCGGCGUCACUGACCCCAACCAGAAGCUCGGCCUUUCUGGCGGUCAGACUGGCCUGUCCCUCAUCGUCUCGGUCACCAUGGCGCUGCUUGUGGACAAGGUUGGCCGUCGUCCGAUGUUCUUGGCUGCCACCGGAGGCAUGUUCGUCACCUUCGUCUUCUGGACGCUGACUUCCGGUCUCUACGACGAGAAGGGUGCGCCAGGUGCCAACUACGCCAUGAUUGUCUUCAUCUGGCUCUUCAGCGUCAUGUACUCCCUUGCCUGGUCUGGUCUCCUGGUCGGAUAUGCCAUUGAGAUCCUGCCCUAUAAGCUCCGUGCCAAGGGAUUGAUGAUCUUGAACGUCUCCAUCCAGGCCGCCCUGACCCUGAACAUCUAUGCAAACCCCAUCGCCUUCGACUACUUCGAUGGCCACACCUGGAAGUUCUAUCUUAUCUACACCUGCUGGAUCUUCCUCGAGCUCCUCUUCGUCUACUUCAUGUACGUCGAGACCAGGGGCCCGACACUCGAGGAGUUGGCCAAGGUCAUCGAUGGCGACCAGGCAGAAGUUGCCCGUCUCGACUUCCACCAGGUCGAGAAGGAGGUGCAGCUCAACAGCCACACGGAGGAGUUUACCGACAAGAAGGUAUAAGGCGACCUCGCUGUCCCGAUCCUACCAUGAGGACGGGGGGGCAAAAUGUGCUACCAUGUGUAGACUUAGUCAAGAUUCUCAUUAUCUUUUUUCUUUCCCGGCGGGAUUCGCUCGUGUAGAGGUGGCACCUGUAGAGCAAUUCUUAGGCGGGUGUACGACGUUUAUUUUAAUAAGUUACAGACAUGUUUCAUUCUACCAAAAGAGUUG